AUGAAAUUAGAUUUCGCGAAACUUGCGAAACUUGCUAAAAUGGCGGGAAGAAUCGAAGACAUCGUCGACAUUGUACAAGAUUCUUCACCAGAGAGCUUUACAGCGGCGGAGGAGAGGGAGCUACUCAAGUUGGCAUACACCACGGCGGUUCAAAUCCGCCGGGAUUCGAUCGAGAAUCUGCUCCGAUCCACCUUCAACGUCUAUCACGGCCGUGAAUUCUUCAAUAGGUACAUUGCCAAAAUCAAGUCCGAGAUAAUUAAGAUCUGCGAAGAGGUCUUACGGAAGAUUGCAAGUAUUCCGACUACUGAUGAUGAAUCGAAGGAUUUUUAUGCAAACAUGGAAGUGGAGUUUCAGGGUUAUCUGCUAGAGUAUCAAGACGGAGAAGUAAGUUCUCGUUUCUUCGAAGUUGUCAAUGAAGAAGACGAAGAAGCACCCAAGGGUUUAUUCGAAUAUGUCACUGAAGAAGACGAAGAAUCAACGAAGAUUGAGUCGCAGAACAAGGGUGUGUUGGCUAAUCUCUCUCCAGUUAUACUCCAAGAUACCACUGAGAGGAUGACUCGAGCUCUACACUUGGAGGAGCUGCUAGCAAAUCUGCCUGGACAAAUGGUGGUGGAAACUGUGGAUAGAACAACGUUUCUCUUCAGCGUCCUACAAUACGACUUUUGCCUGACACUACCCGAAACCUAUCCAACGAAUGAUGCCAGAAUCAAAUGCCUAUCAGGAGUUGACGUUUGUUCGGAGGAGCCUGUGGUGGAUGAAGAAGGAUACGUGAUCCUUGAUGAGGGACUGACUAUUCUGUCUGCUGUUAGAGAAGUGUUCAUGAUUUUCUGUUCUCUGGAUUCGUCUUCAGAUGAUUCUGAGAAGAAUCGAGACCUGUAUAACUGA